GGCUGUGUUUUUGGAUGGACUGAGUUGUGGGGCUGGCGGUGAGGGACGGUAGCAGCGGUGAUGAUGUAGGAGAUGGGAAUGGCGCCGAUCACGUUGCCCACAAACUCACUUUGGCUCCGAUAGGAAUGCAAGGGGAGCACGGGUUGGGGAUGGGAAAAGGCUUCUACGCCGGGAUUUUGUGGGCGAGGGAGAGCGAGAUGUGGGGCUGGCGGUGACUUUGCCCACAAACUCACGCUGGCUCCGACAGGAAUGCAAGGGACGCAAGUUGGGAACGGGGAAGGCUUGUACACUUGGAGAAAAUCAAACACAAUACAUGAAAAAGAAAUUAAUGGAAAAAAUUUAGAUUGCUGAUGUGGCAUUAGGCAGUUUGUGGGAUCCUUUUUUGGAUCCCUUUGUCGUAGGCAGUACUGAUAAAAAAAAAAUUGUGGUUAAUGGUUCAGCAUAUUAAGAAUUUGCUUUUUUAUGGAGGCCCAUUUGUGUGAGUCUGGGCUCCGUUUUGCCUAAUCGAGGUUCUGCAAUUCUACGCACAGGGUUAUUGAAUCGGAGCAUGGACGGGGGAGGAGAUGUACUGAAUAUAAAGAAGUGGACAGUGUUUUACCCAGUUUACAUCAACUCAAAGAAGACGGUGGCUGAAGGGAGACGGAUAAGCGUGAGCAACGCAUGCGAAAAUCCCACUUGUGCUGAGAUUGCCGAUUGCUGCAGCCAUCUCAAGCUCCCUUUUGCUAUUGAAAUAGAUAAGGCUUAUCCACGCGAUUUCAUGCAAAGAGGGAGAGUGAGGGUAUUGCUGAAAAAGGAGGAUGGGACUCUCUGUAAUCCAGCCAUAUCUUCAAGAAAACAGUUGAUGCUUCGUGUCGCUGAGUUGGUACCUCGGCAUCCUGGGAGGGUGAAGAAACAGGAGCCUGCAUCCACAUCCACUGCUGGACCUUCCAAAUCUGGAAAGGGUGGAAGAAAGAAGAGAUAGAUCCCAUGCUGUGAAUGCUAAUACGAGUUUUCCUUUCAACGUGGUGGCAGGCAUAGGGUUUUGUUAGAUAUUUCUCCAAACGUUCAAACAAGGCAGUUAACUGUAUAACCUUUAAUGGGUUUGCUUGGAACCUUUUUGUUACAUGCUUGAAAGAAAACAAACGACAAUGGACAUUAGGUUUUUAUGAACACUACUACAUUCGAAAUUGACAGGAAUAACCUGAGAGAUUCAAAGGUGUUGUGAAUGAUAUUGUUUUGGCUUUGGCAAA